AUGCUUCAUGGACAUGUCCUUAGACUUGGAUUCCAAGCUGAUACUUUUAUUCAAACUUCACUUGUUGAUAUGUACUCAAAGUUUUCCAUUAUAGAAUCUGCAAGAAAGGUGUUUGAUGAAAUGCCACAGAGAAGUGUUGUGUCGUGGAACACUGUGAUUUCGGCUUAUUCAUGUGUGUGUGUGUGUGUGAUGGACAAGGCAAUGAAUUUGUUGAAAGAAAUGUUGGUUGUUGGUUUUGGACCGAGUGCGUCGACGUUUGUUUCGAUUUUAUCAGGUUAUUCUUCGGAUUUGAAUUCUUUUGUGUUUCUUUUGCAGGGUGUGUCGAUACGUUGUUGUGUUAUCAAACUUGGAUUUGUGUGUUUUGAGGUAUCUUUAGCUAACUCAUUGAUGGGAUAUGAUCGUUCAGGUUAUCCAUCAGAAGCAUUGAAUCUAUUUAGAAGGAUGAUAAGGACAGAAACUAGACCUAAUGAAGCAACCCUUGCAAUUGUUUCAUCAACUUGUGCUGAUUUGGGAUCACUCAACACUGGACAAGGGAUUGAAGAGUACAUUUUCGAAAACGGAUUUGAAUCGGACCAACAAGUUCAAACGUCUCUCAUACACAUGUACUCUAAAUGUGGUAGCAUCAAGAAAGCAAUAGGAAUAUAUGACAGGGUUAAAGAUAAAGAUUUAACUAUUUGGACUUCCAUGAUAAAUAGUUAUGCCAUCCAAGGAAUGGGGGGUGAAGCUAUCAGCCUCUUCGAAAAAAUGACAACUUCAGAAGGGUUAAAACCGGAUACCAUUGUUUAUACUAGUCUUUUGCUUGCAUAUCUUCUAGGCCGAGUCGGACAACUUGACCUAGCUUUAGUUAAAAUUCAGGCGAUGCCGUUGGAAUUACAAGCACGGGCUUGGGGUUCGUUGCUUAGUGCAUGUAGGAUCCAUGGCAAUGUUGAGUUGGGAGAGCUUGCGGCUGCCAAGUUAUUAGAACUUAGUCCAGGUAGUUCUAGAAGUUAUGUAUUAAUGGCUAAUUUGUAUACCUCAGUUGGAAAGUUUAACGAGGCAAAUACAAUGCGAUACUUGAUAGAUGGUAAAGGAAUGGUUAAAGAAUGUGGUUGGAGUUAG